AUGAACAACAAUACGAACAUCAACAUGAACAACAACAUGAACAUCAACAUGAACAUCAACAUGCACAGCAACAUGAACAUCAACAUGAACAACAACAUGAACAUCAACAUGCACAGCAACAUGAACAUCAACAUGAACAUCAACAUGCACAGCAACAUGAACAUCAACAUGCACAGCAACAUGAACAACAACAUGAACAUCAACAUGAACAUCAACAUGAACAUAAACAUGAACAACAACAUGCACAGCAACAUGAACAUAAACAUGAACAACAACAUGCACAGCAACAUGAACAUCAACAUGAACAACAACAUGCACAGCAACAUGAACAUCAACAUGAACAACAACAUGAACAACAACAUGCACAUCAACAUGAACAACAACAUGCACAUCAACAUGAACAACAACAUGCACAGCAACAUGAACAUCAACAUGAACAACAACAUGCACAGCAACAUGAACAUCAACAUGAACAUCAACAUGCACAGCAACAUGAACAACAACAUGAACAUCAACAUGAACAACAACAUGCACAGCAACAUGAACAACAACAUGCACAUCAACAUGAACAACAACAUGCACAUCAACAUGAACAACAACAACCACAUCAACAUGAACAGCAACAUGAACAACAACAUGCACAUCAACAUGAACAACAACAUGCACAUCAACAUGAACAACAACAUGCACAUCAACAUGAACAACAACAUGCACAUCAACAUGAACAACAACAUGCACAUCAACAUGAACAACAACAACCACAUCAACAUGAACAGCAACAUGAACAACAACAUGCACAUCAACAUGAACAACAACAUGCACAGCAACAUGAAUAACAACAUGCACAUCAACAUGAACAGCAACAUGAACAACAACAUGAAUAACAACAUGCACAGCAACAUGAAUAACAACAUGUAUAACAACAUGCACGGCAACAUGAACAACAACAUGCACAGCAACAUGAAUAACAGUACGAACAACAACAUGGAUAUCAACAUGCACAUCAACAUGAACAACAACACCAAAGCAACAUGA